AUGCCAGAAACUGCUAGUGGCAUCGAGAAUAAGCCACAGGCUUUCAAGUAUGGACGGCAGGCAGAACAAACCGCCGACCUUUGGUUGCCAGCCGGACAAUCACCGAAAGGUGUAGUCGUGCUGCUGCACGGCGGUUUUUGGCUUGUGCAGUAUGGCAAAGAGUUGAUGACCGACCUUGCGCGUGAUGUGGUCCAAAGAGGCUAUGCCGCUCUUAACCUGGAGUAUCGACGAGUGGGGAGUCCGACUUGGAAGGAUGCCAAUACCACCUUGAGUGAUGUCUCUGCGGGUCUCGCACUGCUGGACUCAGGGAAGCUCCCUUUAGAUGGGCUUCCAUUUGCCGUGGUGGGCCACUCUGCAGGCGGCCAUUUGGCAUUGUGGUCGCAGCUGCGGAGUGCUGAAGUUUCACCUGCCGCAGCUGUGGUGUCAGCUGGCGGUGUGUUGGACUUGUGCUACGCAGACAGCGAGGAGCUGGGAGGUGGAGCCGGUGCCGUGCCGCGCUUCUUGAGCUACCGUGAAACCGCCAGUCUGAGGCGGGAGGUCUCCCCCAUUGACAUGCUACCGCCGUGCCGGGUGAAUUCUUUGCGAGGCAACGAGGCCCAAAGAGGCGUUGCUCCACAAGCACGCAUAGGCCUGAUACAUGGAUCACUCGAUGAGGUGGUGCCUCCAGAACAGUCCAUCCGCUUUCUGGUCUCCUCAACCUGCGCCGGGAUUCCGUGCGAGCUGCAUCUCGUCAAGGAGGAGGGCCACUAUGAGGUCCUCAAUCCUAAAUCAAAGUCGUGGCAGUCUACAAUGGAUUUCGUCCGUGUCGCCUUCGCAGCGCCGAAGCGCCGCACGCUCCGCGGGGCCAUGGCUGCCACAGUGCGUGAGGAGCUUCGCGAAGAGACGCUGAUUCGAAGUCAACUUCAAGGAGAAGUCGGAUACUCUCCGCCGCUGCUGCCUUGUAGUUUUGACGUCCUCAUCAUGCCAGCAGCAUGGUCUCCCAGCUCCUGGAGGACUUUGCCAAAGCACCAGAUGGCCGAAUGGGAGGACAAGGCUGUGGCGGACAAGGUCUUCAGCAAGCUUGGCAAACUGCCACCAUUGGUGCAACCCAAAGAAUGUGACCGACUGAAGGCUUUGUUGGCUGAGGCAGGCCGAGGCGAGCGCUUUAUCGUCCAAGGAGGUGACUGCGCCGAGCGCUUCAUGGACUGCGAGGGCGAGCGCCUAGAGCAGCAGCUGAAGCUUAUCCUGCAGAUGGGAAUGGUCGUGGAGCAUAUCAGCGCCAAGCCCACCUUGAAGAUCUGCCGCAUCGCAGGACAAUACGGGAAGCCCCGCUCGAAGCCCACAGAGGUGGUCGAGGGUCAUGGAGAGAUCAUGAGCUUCAAGGGCGACAACAUCAAUGGCUUCGACCCAAAAGAUCGCAAGUGGGAUCCGGAGCGUUUGCUUCUAGGAUACUGGCACUCUUCAGCCACGCUGAACUACCUCAGGGGCUAUGCUGCCUGCGGUGACCACCAGCCACUGCAGGCCGUUCAGGUGAGUGAGCUCAAGGCUUCCGAGCACUACAACAGCUACGUCGAAGAUGCCCGUGCGAUUGGCCUCAAGCCCAUUGCGGCUGAGACCACGGAGUUCUUCACAUCCCAUGAGGCGAUGCAGCUUGAUCUUGAGGAGUCUCUGACCCGACCGGUCGGCUCCAAGUUCUACAAUCUCAGCGCGCACUUGGUCUGGAUUGGUGACCGCACCAGGCAGCUUGACUGCGCGCAUAUUGAGUACUUCAGGGGAAUUGCAAACCCCAUCGGUGUGAAAGUCGGUCCCUCGAUGAAGAAUGACGAGCUGAAAGAGUUGGUCACCGUGCUGAAUCCAAACAAGGAAGAGGGUAGGCUCAUGCUUAUCACUCGCUACGGCGCUGGAAAGGCUGAGGCCAUGCUGCCAGGCCACAUCCAAGCAGUCAAAGACAGUGGGGUGCCUGUCGUAUGGCAAUGCGAUGGCGUCCAUGGCAAUGGAAUCGUUGCCAGCAACAAAUACAAAACACGCAGCUGGGACGCUAUUGUGACAGAGAUUGCGGAGCGAUCGAGUUACAACAAUUUCCCAACCAGCGCCAUGGCCGUUAAGGUCGAUCCUACAUCACUGGUCAUUGGCGUCGGGCCCUUGCUGCACUCGUAG